GUGUAUUAAUUAUUCAGUUUUGAUUAAAAUUCAUCAUUGAUACGAUUGAUACCUAUUGAUUGAUAGUAUGCUGAUGAAGCAAAUUUGAAAUCAUAGAUUGAUAACUUCGGUAAAAGAAACUACGGUAGAUUGACAGUAGCGCUCCAAUUGGAAUUCCUCGAAAGCAAAUUUAUUAACGACGGUGCUUUGAUGCUCAAAAUGAGUAUUGUGUACGGUAGCUUGUUUCAAAAAGAUUUGAAUUAACCAUCCAAACUUUAGAACGAUAUUUUCUAAAAUAUAAGUGUUGUGGGUGAACAGUGAUUUUAUAAAAACAUUCGUUAGAAUGGUAUUAUCCGCAAAAACUGGAGAGGAUACACGCAACGGUCGGCGAAGUCGGGGGCCCAGUCCUAAUGGGCAUGCACAAGCUGACUCAAGCGACGAUGAAAAUACUGUGCCAGUCGAUAAAAUACGCGUUGGAAGAGAUUAUCAAGCUGUAUGCCCAGAAAUAAUUCCAGAGCCUCUCAGGAAACCGGAAUUGGUAGCUGAUAGGGCACUCCUGGUUUGGUCUCCAACAACAGAUAUUCCUGAUUCAAAGUUGGAGGACUACAUCACAUUAGCCAAAGAAAAGUAUGGAUACAAUGGAGAACAAGCUUUGGGGAUGCUAUUUUGGCAUAAGCAUGAUCUUGAAAGAGCAGUGUUAGAUUUGGCCAAUUUUACCCCAUUUCCAGAUGAGUGGUCUGUUGAAGACAAGGUACUCUUUGAACAGGCAUUUCAAUUUCAUGGGAAAAGUUUUCAUCGAAUUAGGCAAAUGUUACCAGAUAAAAGUAUUGCCAGUUUGGUAAAAUAUUAUUAUAGUUGGAAAAAAACAAGAUCAAGAACCAGUCUGAUGGACAAACAGGCUCGAAAACUGUCCACUCCGAGGGAAGAUGGUGCCCCUUCUGAGGCUGGCUCAGAAGGUGGCUCCAAUGAAGAAUCUGAUCAUGAAGAAAAGAAGUGGAAUGUUCAUCGCGGUAUACGCCGCUCAAGCGGUUCCCCACCGCGUACCAAAUCUAGCGACGAAAAUGGGAAACAGGGUGAAGGUGGUGCGUGUUCUAACUGCGGAGUCAACUGCACAGUCACUCACACUACCCCAAAGGGCAUUAUGUGUACGUCAUGUUUCCAACAUUGGAGACGUACAGGAACGUUAAGGCCCACAUCAGGGCCAACAGGAGGCAAGCGCGGCACCCCCUUGGGGGUGCGGCACAAGCGCAAGCCCCCUCGUGGCAUGUACAUCAACCACGAUGAUCUGGCAGCAUUCGCAACGGGAAACGCAGGCGCAAUAAUGUUAAAGGCCAUGGACCGAGAAGUGGAGUCACUGCAGCGACAAAUCCAACAGAACAAGCAAGUGGUGAGUUCUUUGAAGCGUAAACACUCUGAUUCGAUUGAGGAUCUACGUCCCAACAACGAUAAUGCCUCCUCCCGCAUAAAUUCUCGUUGGACGAACGAAGAACUACUGCUCGCUGUCCAAGGAGUACGCAAAUACGGUAAGGACUUCAAAAGCAUCGCCGAAGUGCUUGGAAACAAGACGGAGCAUCACGUACGCACUUUUUUCGUCAACUAUCGCAAACGUUACAAUCUCGACAACGUCCUUAAGGACUACGAACGAGAUAACGGGCCGACGUUGAACGAAGACGGAAACACAGGUACGACAGCCGCGAUGGCUACCAACGACGACAAAAUCAUCGAAGUGAUUGACGACGCAAAUGAAAAUGGUGAUGUUAUCUGUGUGUCACCGACGCCGAAGAAAGAGACAACCAAAGGCGCCAAGACGACGCCCCCAGCGCUCGUACAAAACGCCAAAUGAUCAAACGUAAACGUUAAUUUAUUGGUUGGUUCACGACCUGCACUCUAGUGUAAAUAGUCACGUCCAAACGGAAUGCAAGAUUUUAUUAUUUGAUUUAAAUUAAUGCAUACUUUGUUCACCCCUUUGUACAUAAUUUAGAAGAAGAAAUGCAAGACUUGUACUACUGGAUGGAAGUAAUUCGUUUGCUCGUUUGGAAAAUAAAAUUUGAAUUAAAACCCUUCUCUUUAACGAAUUAUUUCCGUCCUAGGCUUACUCCACUAACUUAUUUUUCAGGCUUAGGGGUUGGUCUUAUGGUCCAAUAGAAACUUUGCUUUCAAAAGUGCAAUAAAGUAAUUAAAUUAUCGGUUUAUACUUUGACAUCCCUAAACAGAAAAUUUAAGUUUUGGCGGCAGUUCUAAUUAGUAACAAAUUUUCGUUUCAUUUUGGACUAAUUCUUUUAAAGGGCCAUUUAACCUCUUCAUUAUGACCAUAUCACGUAUCUACUGAUUCUGGUUUGUACGUAGAAAAGGUACGAUAAAAAGAACCACGUCAAUAUUGGUUGCCACGUAUACACAUUUGUUGGAAAUAAAGACAAAUUAAUAUGAUGAAGAUGUGUGUCUUGGAAAUGUAUGUAUGUCUGGAUUAAGGUGACCAUUAUUUAGGGUAUUUUUGAAUUUUGAUCAGUUUAGUUAGGAAUUAUGUGGGCGAUAGUUCAUAAAAACAACAAAAUUAUCUAGAAGCAUGUUCUUCUAGAUGAUCGCUGUCUGAAAAAUCUUGACACUAAAAAUAUUUUAAACAAGGAAGAUCUUAGAUGGUAAACAUUGUAUUCAUUAUUGUAAUGUACAUAAGUAACCGUCAGGGGAGAGUUUGUAAAAGAUAUUAUUGUGUCAACUUGGAAGUGUGCUUAUUCUAAACAGUUCAUAUUAUGGUAAUUUUCUGAUUUUGGUAUUUAAUUUAUGUAAUUUCUAGGAAAAUGCUUUCUUUUCGAUUAAACAUUUAAAUUAGUUCAGAAAAUUAUAUUUUACUCUACUUAUAGAGUGGGAGAACCAAAAUUCGAAUAUACUGUAAAUAAGGGUUACUUUGGUGUGUGACUGAUAGCAGAGAGAGUUAUUAUCUCGUUCCUGCAAAAUGCGACAAUCGGGGAUGUACCGAUUCUCACUACUAUAUUAUUAGAUAAAUAAUAAUAAAUUACCUAAACAAAAACAAUUUUAAUCACUUGUCCGAUUGCAAAAAGGCAUUUCUUGCACACAAAUGUAACAUAAACUCGCAUAAUAAUAAUUUAUUAUUACAAUAAAAAAGUUAAUGAUAACGAUAUGAUAAAUAAUUAUAGUAAUAAUAAUAAUAAUAUAACAAUUCCAUACGAUAUAGUUACGAGUAAAUAAUAUUUUUAAUACAUACGUUGUAAGUGUAGACUAAUUUUGCUGUUUUCUUCAUAAGUAUUUAAGUUUGUGAUGAGUUAAGUGAUAUUGUAACUCAUUUUUCAUUCGCCUUGUAUUCUAUAAUUAGAUUUUUUUUUAGUUUGCAUAAAUGAUGAUGAAAAUAAAUGUGUAACGUUGUAGUGUAUUUAUUUUAGCUAUCGUAGACAUUGUCUUAUAGGGUGUGAAUAUUAAGGAUUAUAAUAAAUUU